AUGUGGUACUGGGCAGCGAUGUGCUCGCUCACGCCGAAAGAUUUGCCGCCAACAUCGAAGCUCAAACCUGUGACGGAGGACACUCACAAGAAGCUGCUCCUCCUGUACAGCCAGGAGACCUCGGAAGCCAGCGAGGCGAUGAGGCUCCUGGUGCAAGAGUUCCCCUCAGAGCUAAGGUGUCGGCCCCUGGACCUAGAGCGGCUUAUGCAGGUCUGGAUCCUGAACUGCUUCGAGCAUACGGACGAGCCGCUAGGCUACGCCACCUACUUCAUGUCUUCCUUCAUGUCUCACUCCUGUCGUCCAAACUCCCUGUGGCACUACGACGGGGAUGAUUUCAUCCUCCGAGCACGGGAGCGAAUUCAGGCUGGCGAUGAGAUCACAGUGUCGUACCUCUCUGAGGAUGUGCUACUCGACGCCACGGUCGCGCGGCGAAAGCACUUGAAGGACUCCAAGCAUUUCAUUUGCCGCUGCCCUCGCUGCAGUGAUCCUUGCGACCCGUGCCGUGGGUUCAGGUGUCCGAGCUGUUCGAGCAUCUCCCUGAAAUUCGGGGCUCCGCAGGGAGACGAGGACUACGUUGGCGCGACGGCUAUGUUCGGUCGGCGUUGCGAGCAUUGUUUUCAUGUGCUUGACUUCGGACAGGCGGCCCUCCUUCAGGCCGAGGAGAGCCUCCUCGAGCACCGCAUCGAGGAGACGGAAAAGUGCCUGCAGGAGAAGGGCUUCGACGCCCCGGACAAAGAGCUGCACAAGAGAUUAGAGCGCCUGGUGCAGCGAGUGGAGAAGUCUUUGGCGCAGCACUACAUGCUGGACAAGGCCUAUCAGCUGCUGUCCGACCUAGCCUCGAGGCUCCAGUGGGAGGAGGAUGCCGAGCGGAUGAUGCGGAAGCGCAUGGAGUACCAAGCGCAGAGCUAUGCUGGGCUCAGUGGCAGCGCGGCAUGGACUUGGGAGGCGUACGGAGACAUGCUGCUGAGGCAUGCUCGAUGCGAGGUGGAUCCGGAGGUCAAGGUGCCCGACAUUGCUGCUGCCAUCAAGGUACAGCAGACGGUGCCAGGG